GAAAACUGGGCCGAAAUGUUCGCUCCACUCAUCCAAAUCCUUUUUUUUAGUCUGAUGUUUUCGGGCUCCAUUAUGGCCGGUCUGGUGAAGAGCGACACGGAGGAUUUUAUCGAUUGGUGGCAGCACACGGUCUUCUAUCAGAUCUACCCGAGGUCCUUCAAGGACAGCAAUGGCGAUGGCAUCGGUGAUUUACGGGGAAUCACCUCAAAGUUACCCUACUUGGCGGACACGGGAAUUACUGCCACCUGGUUGAGUCCCAUUUUCAAGUCUCCCAUGGUUGACUUUGGCUAUGAUAUAUCGGAUUACAAGCAGAUCCAGCCGGAGUAUGGCACUAUGGAGGAUUUCGAGGAGCUCAUUGAUAAGGCAUUCGAAUGGGGGAUCAAGGUCAUUCUUGACUUUGUCCCGAAUCACACUUCGGAUCAACAUGAAUGGUUCAAGAAGUCUGCUGCCAAGGAACCGGGUUACGAGGACUUCUAUGUGUGGGAGGAUGGCAUAGUCCAGGAGAAUGGUACUCGAGUACCUCCCAACAAUUGGCCAUCUGUUUUCUACGGCUCCGCCUGGGAAUGGCACGAAGGUCGCCAGCAAUAUUACCUUCACCAGUUUACCAAGGAGCAGCCGGACUUGAAUUUUCGUAACCCCAAAGUAGUUCAAGCCAUGGAUGAUGUGUUACUCUUCUGGCUCAAUAAAGGUGUUGCUGGCUUUCGAAUUGAUGCAGUGAAUCAUUUGUUUGAGGACGAAUCCCUUAAGGAUGAGCCAUUGAGUGGCAAAACGACGGAUCCACUUUCCUAUAACUACACCGAACACAUCUACUCCAGGGAUCUGCCAGAGGUUUUGGAAAUGAUUCAUCAUUGGCGGCAACUUCUGGAAGACUUUAGUUCCAAGCACCCAGAGAGGCCCACACGCAUCAUGAUGACCGAGGCGUAUGCAGGGCUCACCCAACUGGCUGACUACUAUGAGGAUUCCAAUGGGGUUCGAGGUUCCCAUCUGCCCUUCAACUUUCACUUUAUCACGGAUGUCAAAGGCGACUCGGAUGCGCGUGAUUUUGUAUACAACGUAGAGAAGUGGCUGAUCUACAUGCCGCGCGGGCACGCCGCCAACUGGGUCAUGGGCAACCACGACAACCCCCGGGUUGCCUCUCGGUUUGGUCCCGACAGCGUGGACGCCAUGAACAUGCUACUGCUCACACUUCCUGGUGUUGCCGUCACUUAUAAUGGCGAAGAACUGGGCAUGGUAGACUACCGGGAAAUAAGUUGGCAGGAUACGGUGGAUCCGCCUGCCAGGAAUGUGGGAGAGGAGUUCUACAAGGAAGUUUCUCGGGAUCCAGUGCGUACACCCUUCCAGUGGAGUAACGAAACAAAUGCUGGCUUUUCAAGUGCCCUCAAAACCUGGCUACCCGUCCAUCCCAACUAUCUCGAACUCAACUUGGAGGCCCAGAAGGCAGCCAACAAAAGCCAUUACCAGGUCUACAAGGACCUACUUGAACUGAGAAAAUCGGCCAUAAUGCGUUUGGGUCGCUUCAACAUCGAGCCCAUUUCGCGUUGGGUGUUUGCCUUCAAACGGUCCUACCCCAAUUUUGAGUCGAUAAUUACCAUCAUUAAUGUGAGCGACAAGGAACAGUUGGUGAAUCUCACGGAGUUUAUCAACCGGCCCCAGAAACUGGUUGUUGAAGUUUCUGGAGUGAAUUCAAAUUACCGACCUGGUCAAUCCCUCGCCGCAAGUGCAUUGUCCCUGGCCGCCCGCGAGGGUCUCGUCUGUCGGCUCGUCUAGCCGGAAAUGGGAUUAGAGGAAUUACCAGCUGAUGGCGGCAAACUUUGCUCUUUAAUUGCUUUUCCAGUUCAAAAUGUCACGCGAUUGAAUACAGAAUGGGGGAAAAUUAAUGACCAUA